GCCAGUGUGGACGCGAGCGCCCUCGCACGACGCCGGCCCAGGAGGAGCCGAGUGGGAAGGGGCCAGAGGCGAGGCUGCCCAAGCCGUCGUGACUCGCUCCCGCCCUCGCGGCCUAGUUGGAGUCUGGGGAGGGUGCUGGGCCCGGCCUAGACCCUUCCCUGGGGGCUCCCCGCCCAGGCCGCCAUGGACGGGGGUGGCCAGCGCUCGGUCUGGUUCUCUGCGUGGAGUGCGGGAGAGCAGAAGGCCCGCGUUCCCUCGCGUCCAAGUUCGUGGACUGGGGUGGGUGGAUGGGACACCCAACCCAGGCAGCCGCUAACUUCCUGAGGUGCACUAACCCCCUUGGACCCUGCGAUAGCGCACCCCGAAAACUACAACUCACCGACUUCCAGUCUGUGAGCCCGUCCAGCCGAAUCCCCUCUUUACCUCCCCGCUGCCUAACGCCUCCAGUCCUUCUUGCGGGGAGCCCCUUCCUGCCCCUGUCUACACUUGGGCAGGGUCACAUCACCUCCUGCGUUAGCGCCCGAUCCUUCCCUCAGGAUCCUCCUUCUAGUUACUUAGAAACCUCAUCUUCUGCCCAGGUGGGAAGGAUCCGCGGCUGGAAGUCCCUGGUUAGGGAGCCCACCAGGGCCCUGGAGGCUUUGUCUGGCUUGUGUCAGAGGUCAGCGGCAGAGGAGCGGAUUCCUGCUGAGUCAUUGGCCUGGGUGGGAUAAGCGCCCCUCCCUCCCUUAGGGCAGGCGGUUGGUAGCCAAAUAUGCGAGGAGGCCCCUGUUGGGGCUCCCCAUUGCCAGCUGGGGAGUGGCCACUGCCUAGUCCACAGGUCAGAGGUGUGCAGACCAUGAGAGGAAACAGGCAAAGGAGUAAGGUCAUUGAGGUCACGGGUAUUGCUGUGUCAGGCCGAGCAGGGCCACCUUGGUGGUCACGCAGGACUGGUGCCCCUUCCGGACCAGUCCUAUCUGAUGAGAAGGCCUCUUGCCCUCAUGGGAUCACCCCACCCCCUGUCACACGCAGCCUGGACAGUUACUGUUGAUUCCCUCCCCAGUGAAGUCAGUAGGGAUCCCCUCUAGUGUGCCUCCCUGGACUUAGGAGGUGCCACCCUCAAAUGUAGCAGGAUAGUGCCCCCAAGCCCUGCAUGGUCAGCCACUGACCCUGUACAGCCAGAUACCACAGUGCCCUGUUAGAUACAGUGUGAGACACCCUCACUGUGGUCAGAUAAGGUGUGAGGCACCCGCGCCCCCCCCCACCCCGCCAUGGUCAGAUACAGCGUGAGGCACCCUCCCCCCACACUUUGGUCAGAUACAGUGUGAGGCAGCCCCUCCACUGUGGUCAGAUACUGUGUGAGACACCCCACCCCCACUGUGGUCAGAUACGGUGUGAGGCACCUUCACUGUGGUCAGAUACAGUGUCAGACACUACCUGCCCCCCGUGGUCAGAUACAGUGUCAGGCAACCCCCCCACUGUGGUCAGAUAGUGUGAGACCCCAGUACACAUUCAGGCCAGCACUGAAUGUGCCACACCCCGGCGUGGUCAGCCUCAAUCUAGUGCAUGUAGGAUGAGGACAAUAUGGCCACCCCACAUGUAACUGGAUGCAGUCAGAGGACAGUGCCCUCACGAGGGAAAGUCAGAACAGCUUUUCCUCAGACAGUUGGCCCGGGUAGCAUCUCUGCCGGUGUGGACUGAGUGGCAUGCACAGGUUGGUUCCCCCACCUCCCAGCUCCACAUCACAUUCAGUUAGCCUGUCCAGUCCCCCCCACCCCGCCACCCCCAACCCCCCGGGAAGGCAGACAGGAAAGGUCCCCAGGUCAUCAUACACAGAGUCCUGACCCCUCACGUGCUCAGGCAAUGUCUCCAGCUGCACCUGGGGAGGGGGCGCAGUCUGGCAGAAGCACUUUCCCCAGCCAGGACCAAGAUCCAGGAACCUGCGAGCUGGCACGACCAGAGUCCCAGCCCAUCCCCACCCUGAGGAACAGCAGGGGUGGGGCAAGCAGUGCCUGGGGCUCCUUCCGGGGGAGGAGGAGGGCCGGGAUCCAGGUGGUUCAGGGAUGGUGUGUAGCUGGGCCCUGGGAGCCAGAUAGAGGCCCCCACCUGGCUAAUGGCAGCUUUUCCUGGGGCCAGGCCCCCAUGAAGGCCCUUUGGAGGCAGGUGGGCUGGAGUGGAGCCAGUGGUGUGUGGGUGGCGGUGUGAAGUUGGAGCAAGCCAUGAGGGUGGAGAGGCACAUUCGGAACCCAGGACGAGCCUGAGGGCCGCAGCAAAGGGCCCUGACUUCAUCCGAGUGUGGCGGGGAGCAGGGCGGUGACCAGACUUGGAGAGAUCACCACUGUGAGCAGGGCCGUGCUUGGCAGAGACAAGACUCCAAGCUCUGGGGAGGGAGGAGGCUGCAGCUGGCUCUGCAGGGUGUGAAGCCCCUGGUGCCAACAUGGCCCGCCGCUCCCAGAGCUCCUCGCAGGGGGACAACCCACUGGCUCCUGGGUACCUGCCACCUCACUACAAAGAGUACUACCGCCUGGCGGUGGACGCACUGGCUGAGGGCGGGCCUGAGGCCUAUAGCCGCUUCCUGGCGUCCGAGGGGGCACCUGCCUUCCUGUGCCCUGAGGAGCUGGACCACGUGAGCCGCCACCUGCGGCCCCCGCAGCAUGUGGCCCUUGAUCCACCGGAAGGCAGCCCUCCCAAUGUGGACAUGGAUGGCUCCUCAGGCACCUACUGGCCCGUGAACUCAGACCAGGCAGUGCCCGAGCUCGACCUAGGCUGGCCCCUGACUUUCGGCUUCCAGGGCACUGAGGUGACCACACUGGUGCAGCCACCGCCGCCUGACAGCCCCAGCAUCAAGGAUGAGGCUCGAAGGAUGAUCCGCUCUGCCCAGCAGGUGGUGGCCGUGGUGAUGGACAUGUUCACUGAUGUGGACCUGCUCAGUGAGGUGCUGGAGGCUGCCUCGCGCCGCGUCCCGGUCUACAUUCUCCUGGAUGAGAUGAACGCACAGCACUUCCUAGACAUGGCCGACAAAUGCCGUGUCAACCUGCACCACGUGGACUUCCUGCGCGUGCGCACUGUGGCAGGCCCCACCUACUACUGCCGCACCGGGAAGUCCUUCCAGGGCCACGUGAAGGAGAAGUUCCUCCUGGUGGACUGUGCCGUGGUGAUGAGUGGGAGCUACAGCUUCAUGUGGUCCUUCGAGAAGAUCCACCGCAGCCUGGCGCACGUGUUCCAGGGCGAACUGGUCUCCAGCUUCGAUGAGGAGUUCCGCAUCCUCUUCGCACAGUCCGAGCCGCUGGUGCCCUCGGCGGGGGAGCUGGCCCGCAUGGACGCCUACGCCCUGGCUCCAUACGCGGGGGGCGGGCCCCUCAUGAGCGGCCAGGUGGCCGGGGUACCGACCCCCUUCUUCUCCAAACGAGCGCACCUCCUGUUCCCACCGCCUCGGGAAGAGGGUCUGGGGUUCCCCUCCUUCCUCGACCCCGACCGCCACUUCCUGUCUGCCUUCCGCCGGGAGGAGCCACUGCGGAUGCCCGGGGGCGCCCUGGAGCCUCACGCGGGGCUGCGGCCGCUGUCGCGGCGGCUGGACGCCGAGACGGGACCAGGCGGGGAGCUCGCGGGCCCGCGGGCCUUCUUCCAGGCGCGGCACCUGGAGAUGGACGCCAUCAAGCGGCACAGCUACGCGGCCGCCGACGGCACGGGCGCGGUGGAGAACUUCGCGGCCGCGCGGCAGGUGUCGCGGCAGACGUUCCUCAGCCACGGCGACGACUUCCGCUUCCAGACCAGCCACUUCCACCGCGACCAGCUCUACCAGCAGCAUUACCAGUGGGACCCGCAGCUCGCGCCAGCGCGCCCGCAGGGCCUGUUCGAGAAGCUACGUGCCAGCCGCCCGGGCUUCGGCGACCCCGACGACUUCGCGCUGGGCGCUGGGCCCCGCUUCCCCGAGCUCGGCGCGGACGGACACCAGCGGCUGGACUACGUGCCGUCCGGCGCUUCGCGCGAGGUGCGCCACGGCUCGGACUCCAACUUCGGGCCCGGCCUCCGCGGCCUGGCCCCCGGCGGUGCCCCACGCCCCAGCCUGAGCCAGCGCUUCCCGUGCCAGGCAGCGGCGAGGCUGGGCCCCGAGACCGCGCCCGAGGCAGAGCCGGAGCGCAGGGGCGGGCCCGAGGGGCGGGCCGGGCUGCGGCACUGGCGCCUGGCCUCCUACCUGAGCGGCUGCCACGGCGAGGAUGCGGGCGACGAGGGCUUGCCCGCGCCCAUGGAGGGCGAGGCCUACGAGGACGACGUGCUGGGGGCCGGGAGCCGGGGGGCCGGCGGGGACUUACUCCCUUCGGCCUUCCGCGUGCCCGCGUCCUUCCUGGCCAAGGGCCCAGUGCCUGGCUCCGGCAGCGGUGGCGGCGAGGGCCCAGAGGAGGCAGGCCUGGCCAAGCAGGACGCUUUCCGCUCGCGCCUGACCCCGCUGAUCCAGCGCAGCUCGCGGCUGCGCUCCUCGCUCAUCUUCAGCUCGACGCAGGCGGAGGGCGCGGGCGGGGCCGCGGCGGCCACCACCGAGAAGGUGCAGGUGCUGCACAAGGAGCAGGCGGUCAGCGAGAUGCUGGGCCCCGGCGGCGAGGCCGUGCGCUCCUCCGCCUCCGCCAAGGUCGCCGAGCUCCUGGAGAAGUACAAGGGCCCGGCACGUGAUCCCGGCGGGGAGGGGGCCGCAGUCACCGUCGGCAGCCAUAGCAAGGCUGUCGUGUCCCAGGCGUGGCGGGAAGAGGCGGCAGCGCCAGGCGGCGCGGCGGGCGAGCGCCGCAGCCUCGAGAGCUGCCUGCUAGACCUGCGCGACUCCUUCGCACAGCGGCUGCACCAGGAGGCCGAGCGGCAGCCGGGAGCUGCCACGCUCACUGCCACCCAGCUGCUCGACACGCUAGGCUGGAGUGGCGCCGAUCGGGUGCCCUCCCGCCUCCUCUCCGCCCAGGGCCGCUCCACCUCCCCGCAAGGGCGGGACAGUCCCCCGCCGGAGGGGCCCCGGGCGCACCAGGCGUCCCACUCUGAGCCAAAAGACAGCCCCACCUCAGCCUACCCCGAGCGGAAGGGGAGUCCCACUCCUGGGUUUCCUGCUCACAAAGGUAGCCCAACCGCAGGAUUGACUGAGCAGAAGGGGAGCCCCACCUCAGCCUACCCGGAACGCAAGGGGAGCCCGGUGCCUCCCGUGCCGGAGCGCAGGAGCAGCCCAGUGCCCCCGGUGCCGGAACGCAGGAGCAGCCCAGUGCCCCCAGUGCCGGAGCGCAGGGGCAGCCUUACUCUUACCUUCUCCGGGGAGUCUCCGAAGACUGGGCCCGCGGAGGAGGCGGUUGGCGGCCCCAUGGAGGUCCUGCGCAAGGGCUCCCUGCGCCUUCGGCAGCUGCUGAGUCCCAAGGGCGAGCGCCGCGCAGAGGGUGAGGGCGGCUUCCCAGCACCACAGGAGAACGGGCAGCCGGAGAGCCCCCGGCGGCCCUCCCUGGGCCGGGGUGACAGCACAGAGGCUGCCACAGGAGAGGAGCGGGGCCCGCGGGCGCGCGUGGUCUCAGCCACGGCCAAUGCCUUGUACAGCAGCAACCUGCGGGAUGACACGAAGGCCAUUCUGGAGCAGAUCAGCGCCCACGGCCAGAAGCACCGUGGAGUCCCCGCCCCCGCCCCGGGCCCAGGCCCCACCCACAGCAGCCCUGAGCUAGGCCGCCCACCAGCUGCCGGGGGUCUGGCCCCUGAUAUGUCCGACAAGGACAAAUGUUCGGCCAUCUUCCGCUCUGACAGCCUGGGGACACAAGGCCGGCUGAGCCGCACACUGCCAGCCAGCGCAGAGGAGCGCGACCGGCUGCUCCGCCGCAUGGAGAGCAUGCGCAAGGAGAAGCGUGUCUACAGCCGCUUUGAGGUCUUCUGUAAAAAGGAGGACGCUGGCGGCCUGGGGACAGGGGAGAGCCCGGCGGAGGAGGACGCCAGGGACAGCAAGGUGGGCAAGUUCAUGCCCAAGAUCCUGGGUACGUUCAAAAGCAAGAAGUGAGUCUCCUGGCCCACCAGCCCAGGUCGGGGUGCCUGCAUCACUGCCACUCAUCACGCAGAGCACCUGGUCCUCAUGCCAAAGCAGUUAGGAACCCGGCUGAGCACAGCCAGAGCUCGGCUCCACCUGCAGUGACCUGGUGGACACCCUGCCUGUCGCUCCUCAGCCUCUCUGCCCUAGGGGCUCCAGCCCCUCAGUGUCCCGUGCCUUACUCCCCCACCUCUGUCUCUUCUCAGCACCUCAGUCUCUGGGUCCUCAGCCUUUCCCUUCUUACCCCUCUGCCUCCACCACCUCUUUUGGCUUCAGGUCCCCUUUGGGUCUUCAUUCACCUCAGGGCCCAUCUGUCGGGGGUUCUAUCUUUAUGCCCAGGUCCCCUAUCUUUUGGGGGCCCUAUUUUUGUGCCCGAGUCCCCCAUCUUUUGGGGGCCCUUUGUGCCUCAGUCCCCCAUCUUUUGGGGACCCAUCUCUUUGUGCCUCAGUCCCCCGUCUUUCAAGAGGACCCCAUGUCCUUGUGCCUCAGUCCCACAUUCUCUCGGGGCCUCGUGUCUCAGGGCUUCUGUGUCUCAGGGUUCCCCUUUGGCCUCCUGGCUGUGCUGUGUCUUCACUCUCCUGCCUCUUUGCUGUCCCCUGGCAGCCCCGGCCUCUCUGGGCCUCCCACCUCCUCAGGGCCGGUUCUCUCCACCUUCGCCUCAGGUCACUCAAGGCUCACUUCCAGCCCUGCUUGGAUUCCUUCUUGCUGCCUCCCUCCUGCCUGCUGGCACCUUUCUUGGUGGCCAUCCUUUUUCUGUGGGGAGGCAGGGCUGCUUGCAGGCAGUCUGUGAGGGAGGGGUGGAGCCAGACCCAAAGGAUGCUCCUCUUGGGAAGCGCAAUAGGGUGGGCCACUGGCAGGGUGGGAGGGGGUUAGAAGAAGACCCCUGAGGGGCUGCCCUGCCAGAAAAACUGAAGCAGGCCUGGCUGCUCAUCAAGCAAGGCUCUGGCCAGUACCUGGCAGGAAGUGAGAGCACCAGGCUUUGUGGCACAAUAAAACCAGUCUGGAUGGUU